AUGGAAAAUGCAAGAAUUCUACUCGUUGGCUGCGGAGGAAUUGGCUGCAUUGCGGCUCUUAAUCUCGAGUCUGGGGGACGAGCACAAGUUACGGCCGUGUUGCGCUCAAGCUAUGAUAUAGUCAAAGAGCGUGGCUUCACCAUCAACUCUGUCGAUCACGGCCAAGUUCGUGGUUUCAGGCCAACUGAAAUCUUGACAUCUGUUCCUAAUGUCUGCCAGUCUGACAUCUCUCAUUUUGACUACAUCAUUUGUUCCACAAAGAACACUCCAGAUGUAUCUUCGCCUGUAGCAGAUCUGAUACGUCCUGCUGUAACCCCUGGGCACUCCACCAUUUUGCUUCUUCAAAACGGACUCAACAUCGAGGCUCCUCUCUUGAAGGCAUUCCCCGAUAAUGUUAUCCUAUCAGGGAUAAGCAUGUGUGGCUCGUCGGAGCCUGAAUCCGGAACUAUUGAGCAUAAUGUGCAUGACGAGCUACUCAUUGGACCUUUCCGCAAUACAGGCGACGCUGCCGAUCGAGCAAAGGAUAUCGUGGCUCGCUACAGUGCUUCUGGACGCUGUACCUGCCGGUUCGAUUCCAAUGUCGCCUUCUCACGAUGGAAGAAGCUUCUAUACAAUGCUGUAUACAAUCCAGUCGCGGCUUUGACAAAACUCGACACGGGUGAUAUUCAGCUCUGCCCAGGCUUCGUUGACGAUGUUGUGCGGCCUGCCAUGAAAGAGAUACAAGCUGCUGCAGCUGCUUAUGGCCAAGACCUUACAGACGAGAUGAUCGAGGCAACAAUUAUCACAGAACCCAUCGAGGAUCAUGUCUCACCCAGUAUGCUGAUCGAUGUUCGAAAGGAACAGUACAUCGAAUUUGAGAAUCUUCUUGGUGAACCACUCAAAGCCGCCAAAGCAAAACAGGUUGCAACUCCAAUUCUGCAGAACCACUACUCACUGGCAAAAAGCUACCAAUGGAAGCUUAAGAGUAAGAGAGGAAAUUGA